ACGCCCCAACCGCCACCACUCGACAGUGUGUGUAUGUUUGUGGGCAGGGAGUAGUGGGAAGUGGAAAUUUACAGUCUCCUACGUUGGUACCUGAGUUGUUGGUCACAGCCUGGCUGCGUCCAAUCUCCACUUUGGAUUUAAUUGUCUUUAGCCAAGAGGCGGGUCCUGCUGUCAGCUCCACUUCUUCUGACCCGUGUCGGCAUAAAGGCAUUCAGUACAGAGGAAUGGUGACAGCUGAGAGAGAGGAACUCUAUACAUAGCCAGAGCCAUGAAGGAGAUCAUGGCACAAAAAGAAAAGCUCCAAUGCCUGAAGGACUUCCACAAGGACACCCUGAAACCUUCACCAGGGAAGAGCCCAGGCACACGGCCUGAGGACGAGGCAGAAGGGAAGGCUCCUCAGAGGGAGAAGUGGGCCAGUAAGCUCGACUUUGUCCUGUCUGUGGCAGGAGGCUUCGUUGGAUUAGGGAACGUGUGGCGAUUCCCUUAUCUUUGUUAUAAAAAUGGUGGAGGUGCGUUUCUCAUCCCGUACUUCAUCUUCCUCUUCGGGGGAGGCCUGCCUGUCUUCUUCCUGGAGGUUGCGUUGGGACAGUACACAUCUGAGGGAGGGAUCACCUGCUGGGCCAAACUCUGCCCCAUCUUUACUGGUAUUGGCUAUGCCUCUGUGGUGAUCGUUUCACUAUUGAAUAUCUACUACAUUGUGAUCUUGGCCUGGGGACUCUACUACCUUUUCCAGUGCUUUCAGCCAGAGCUCCCUUGGGCCAAAUGCAAGCAGCCUUGGAACACAGAGCACUGUAUAGAGGACACAGUCCGUAAGAACAAGACCCUGUGGCUCACAGCCAAUGCCACCAACUUCACAUCUCCCGUCACCGAGUUCUGGGAACGCAAUGUCCUGAGCAUCUCCACUGGAAUCGAGGACAUCGGGCCCCUGAAGUGGGACCUUGCUGUAUGUCUCCUGGCUGUGUGGAUAAUCUGCUUUUUCUGCAUCUGGAAGGGAGUCAAGUCCACAGGGAAAGUGGUGUACAUCACAGCAACUUUCCCAUUUGUGAUGUUGAUCGUGUUGUUGGUGCGUGGAGUGACCUUGCCCGGUGCAGCCGAAGGGAUCAAAUUUUACCUUUACCCCGACCUGACCCGCCUACAGGAUCCAGAGGUUUGGAUUGAUGCAGGAACCCAGAUUUUCUUCUCCUAUGCCAUCUGCCUAGGAGCCAUGACGUCACUUGGGAGCUACAACAAAUACAAAUACAACUGCUACAGGGACUGUUUGCUGCUGGGAGGCCUCAACAGCGGUACCAGUUUUGUGUCUGGCUUCGCAAUAUUUUCCGUCCUGGGCUUCAUGGCACAAGAACAAGGGGUGGACAUUGCCGAUGUGGCAGAGUCAGGUCCCGGCUUGGCCUUCAUUGCCUACCCCAAAGCCGUAUCCAUGAUGCCUCUGCCAACCCUGUGGGCCAUCCUCUUCUUCAUCAUGCUGCUGCUUCUGGGCCUCGACAGCCAGUUUGUUGAAGUGGAAGGACAGAUCACCUCCAUUGUGGAUCUUUAUCCAUCCCUCCUCAGGAAAGGUUACCGGCGAGAGAUCUUCAUAGCCGUGAUAUGUUUCAUGAGCUAUCUCCUGGGGCUCGCAAUGGUAACAAAAGGUGGCAUGUAUGUGUUUCAACUCUUUGACUACUAUGCAGCCAGUGGUGUGUGCCUUUUGUGGGUGGCAUUCUUUGAAUGCAUCGCUGUAGCCUGGGUUUAUGGAGUUGAUAAAUUCUACGAUGGAAUUGAGGAUAUGAUUGGCUACAGACCAAACCCUUGGAUGAAAUGGAGCUGGACCAUAAUUACUCCUGUCCUCUGCAUGGGCUGCUUUGUCUUCUCCUUGGUGAAAUACAAGCCCUUGACCUAUAACAAGGUGUACGAGUACCCUGACUGGGCCAUCGGUCUGGGUUGGUGUUUGGCCUUGUCCUCCAUGAUUUGCAUCCCCAUGGUGAUGGUCAUCAAGAUCUUGCAGUCUGAGGGACCCCUGAUCGAGAGGAUCAAAGCUGUGGCAGCCCCGGCGAAGUCAGGCGUGAGCUCUCGCCCAAAAGAGUACAACUUGAAGGGCAGCGAGCUGACACAGCCCCUGGACCCAAAUGGGAACAAUGGCUUGAUGAAGCCCACCCACACCAUUGUAGAAACAAUGAUGUGAGCGCUCUCUGUGAGAGGAAUAAGAUUGAUGUGCUUUCUGUGUUAUCAUAUUUGCUAACAAUGAUAAUGGUAGGUUUACAUCGUCCAGUAUAUUCACAUUAGAGAUACUCUGGUUUGAUUUCUAUGAAGAGUUAUAUAUUAUUGUUGUAUUUUUUUCCUCUUGUAUUUUUUUAUUUUUUACUAUAUCAAUAUUGUUGAUGUUACAAUUGUUGUUGCUGUAGUUGUCACUGAUCUCAGUUUAGGCAGUAUUUUAAGAUAGAACAUGUUCAAUGUUUACUACCUUUCUAUUGAUUCCGGAGAGAUGAGGAAUUUAAUUUUUUUGUGGGUGGGGGGGGGUGUAAUAGAAGAGAAGUGAAAAAUCUUGCUUCACAAACUUUAACUAACUAAAUGAGUGAUUAACCGUGUAAAAGGUAGAAACUGUCCAAACAGCUGAAGUGCUCGUGGCCGACCUUGGUGCCCAGGCUAACCUGUAAUCUCUUGUUGUCGUCGUAGAUCCCCGCAGUGAAUAUGAAUGUAUUGCAAGCCGCCCAUAUCUCUCAGAGAUCAUAUCCAUUACAUGUUUGGUGGCAAUAUGCAGUUAAAGAUAGCGUAAAUCUUGCUUGAAAUCUUCUAUUUUACAACUUUAACAUGGCCUUGGCCAAAUACUGUGAGAAAUGCAUUCACAAGAAGAUCCAUCCACAGAAACAGUUGAGACAAAACCUUUUGUUGAGGAAAACAGCUAAGGAAGAGGAAGUAAGGAGAAAAGGGAAGUGGCAUUUUUUGAGUAUUUGUACACUGCCUGUGUGACUACUAUAGUCAGUCCCAGUGCAUUUAUUGAAACCUCUCUUUGCACUUUAUAUGUUGUCUCACCUUUAUUAUAGUUUGUCUUUAUCGUUGCAAGGUAUUGCAUUUACAUUUGCAGCACAUUCAGGAGGAAAUUUUUUUAGCUUCUAACUUUUUGAUAUUGUAAACUUUGAUAUACAGUAUCUAGUUUUCUCCUUGCUAAGACAAGGACAAAAUAGUAAUCUGACACCAAACAUUCUGAUUCAUAAUAAAAAUGAAUAAGAUCUAAAAGUAAAAGCAAUACUUUAAUAACAUCAGUACAGCUCUCUCCAUUGUGCACAUUUCAGAAGCAGACAUGCUCUGCAGCAGUACCACUGGAUUCUAGUUUGUAAUGUUCAGUGUAGGCAUUUGUAUUUGUAGAAUUUGAAUUGUUUGUAAAUCACAUAUGCCUUUUUGUAACAAUUUUAUACUGUGCAUCAUUUAAACACCAUCACUGAUUAAUUAAUUGUACUGAAACUUGAGAAAAUUAUUUUCUAAGUUUUGUUUUCAUUGGGGGCCUGGAGUACAUUUUUCAGUGUGCAACACUCAUUGAAGCAAUGGCAUUUCCUGCUCUUUCAAAAUGCACCUUCACAUAAAAUAACUUUAAUAUUCGAUAAUGUCAGAACUAGUCAGUUUGAGUAUCAAACCGAAGGGAAUUUUUACCCUAAAGCAUGUGCAGGAAUCAUCACUGUAUCUUGCUGUUGUCUCCGUUAAAAAUCUUGUGCUACUUGGAAAUUCAAGUGUACCAAAGUAUUUUUGUCUCAGUCAUCCCCUUUGAGAUGCAUAUUGCAUCAUUUCUAUAUAGAUUACAAAUAAACAUCUUUUUCUU